UAUCUUAUAUCUGUUUGUUGUUAUAAGACACUUGAAGCAUCUUCUGUGGGUUGGUAUUGGGUUAAGGGGCGCAAUAAAUCCCCUUUUUCCUUCCUCAUACACAAUUAUUUUAGUGCUUUCUAGUAACUACUUUUUAAAAAUUCAUUCCAUUUUCUUGGCUGGUGGGGGAUGGUUGUUUGCAACUUGUUUCUUCAACAAACAUUCUACUUCAUAUAAAUUUUUAGUUGAGACCUUUGGCCUCUGAUUGACCAUGUAAUUGACUACUUUGACCACCAAUACCAUGGCACAAAAAAGGCACUCAUCCAAAUUAUAUUUUAUGUUUUGCUUUUUGAAGUUAUAAAAAGUCUAUAUUGCUAUUCUUAACGGAAUUGAUAUGCAUGUAGAUUCUUAGGUUACAAAAGAAUGGACCAAACUACUCUCCCUUUGUUUGUCCUGAAAUCUGGACCUCACUUAAUGUUCAGUAGCUCAUAGUGAAUAUGUGGUAUACAUAUCAUGUGUACGAUAACGUUUGGUUAUUUAUUGUGCUAUACAGUAUGAUGUGUGCUUAAUAUACAACAACGCGAUGCUUUUCAAUGCUUCAAAUACCAUCUACUACCGACAGGCCCGUGCUAUUAAAGAACUAGCAAAUAAGCUAUUCCAUGAUUUGAGAAGUGACCCUGAGAACUUCAAAGUUAAUUCCUCCAUGAAAAGGAAAGCAACUUCUAGGAGAGUUAAUGCUGAAGCUGGGAUUCUGAAUUUAAACUCUUGCAACGACACAAAUAAUGGCUGUAGAGAUGAAAUACUUAAUUGUUCUGAAGCGGACCGACGGGGAACCUAUAGACCAUGGACUUCCUUUCUCACUGAGAGUAAGACAUUGUUAACCACAGUUCAUGACAGUUCAAAUGAACUGGUGCUGAAUGAGGAGACAGGUAUCGGAUAUGUAAAAAGUUUAAUGCAUUUUGCUAAAGAUUUGGGCCCAACAGCUACAAAGAUUGCCAGGCGGAAGGCAGAAAGUUGUAUUGCUGCAUCCUUAAAGUUUCAAGAUGCAAACCUGAAUUGUCAGCCUAUAGGACUGGAAGUACAAGCUCCUACUGUGGGAUCUAUACAAAAAAGUAUCAGAGUGCAAGCUCCGUCUUUGAAACUUCCUGGGAACUCUGUUGUGUGGCAGAUGUUAACAGGGGAGAAAAUAGGCACGCAGAACAGCAUUUUGUUAGAAAAAGCUUCCGCAGUUAACCCUGUGAAUGUAAAUGAUGCUAUAAGCAGAAAUAUUGACCAGACUUUUGGCAAAAUGCGAACUCUUGGUAAUUUCCAAGGGAAAAAGAUCCAAGCGAACAGUCAGGGGACAGAUCUUGGUAUUGCUUCUAAAGACCAUAUGAUUGAUCUGAACGCUGGAAUUCAAUUGGGUUCCGCCUUUCUAAUGCAUGAAUCUGGAGGGGGAAAAUUCAAUUUUCCAAUUUCAGAUAACUUGAACCAUCCUGAAAAUGUUAGUUUCUCAAAAAUGAUGCAAGAUGCUAUGCUUGUGGACAGCCCCAUGCUGAUGAUUGAUAUGGCUCCAUCAGAGGCUACUAUGCAAGAUUUAGGACCCAAAACAAACAAUGCUGGUUCUUCGUCUUCGUGGUCUUGGCCUUCCCAAGCAAUGACAGGGUCAAGUUCCAGUCUUGGCUACCUUGAUGCCCAAGUUGUGAUGGGAUCAAGUCACAAUCAAGCAAUUGGCAACCCCAACACCACAACUAUGAAAGAGUCCAGUUGCAGCAAAUCACUUGGCUACUUCAGCACCUCAGCUAUGACAAGAUCAAGUUCUAAUCAAUCAGUUGGGUAUCUUGAUGCCCCAGCUAUAACAGGGUCAAGUUGCAGUGAAGCAGUUAGCCAUCUUGAUCCCCCAGCCAUGAGUGUGCCUCGUUACAGUGUAGCAAAUGGCUACCCCAAUAAGAUGAAUUUGCAAAACCUUGGUGGGGGAGCUAGAGUGCGCCAAAAUCAAGUUGGGUUUGCUGCGGAAGGCUCAAGCUACAGAGGCAAAUCCGUGGAGGGAAGCCUACUUCUGGAUUUGACUAAACCAAUGGAAUGGGGAGUGCAAUCCAAUGUUGACAGGUGGUCCCAGCAGCAAGCAGGAGAAACCGAAUCAAAUUUACUUGGUCAAGCUAGAUCCUCGCAGCAGAAAGGGUGGGCGGUAACCUCUUCUCCUGUUGGGCAUAUUCCAAAGGAAACAGGACCGUGUAAGAAUGCUUAUGAGGGAUACCAAUCUGCAGACCUGAUGUUGGGGAUAACAGGCCUUCGAGAUAACAAGCAGCAGCCAGUCUGGACAGUAAACUCCCCUCCAAUUGGACAAACUACGAAGAGAGUCGAAGUAACUAACUAUGCCUAUGAUGGAUACCAAUCUGCUGACCCAGAGAUGGUGGGGAUAAGAGGACUUCCUGAUAACCAACAGCAGCCAGGCUGGACAGUAACCUCUUCUAUUGGACAAACUUCAAAGGGAGCAGGAGCAACUAAGUAUGCUUAUGAGGGAUACCGAUCUCCUAACUCAGAGAUGGUGGGUAUAAGAGGCCUUCCAAAUAACUACCAGCAGCCAGGUCGGGUAGUAACAUCUCCUCUUAUUGGACAGACUUCAACAGGAGCAGGAGCUACAAAGUAUGCUUGUGAUGGAUACCAAUCUACUGAUCCGGAGAUGAUGGAGAUAAGAGCCCUUUUGGACAACCAACAGCAGCCAAGGUGGACAGUAACCUCUCUUCCUGUUGGGAAAACUUCAAAAGGAGCAGGAGCGACUAAGUACGCUUAUGGAGGAUACCAAUCUGCUGACUCAGAGAUGGAAGGGGUAGGAGGCCUUCCGGAUAACCAACAGCCUGAUCGCACAGUAAUGUCUCCUAUUGGACAAGCUUCAAAGGGAGCAGGAGCAACCAAGUAUGCUUAUGAAGGAUAUCAAUCAGUAGAUCCAAAGAUGAUAGGAAUAAGCUUCCUUCAGGACAGCCAACAGCAACCAGGCUGGAAUCCACCUAUGGAUGAUCAAGGUAUGAAGCCACCAAAUGUGUAUCAAUUUCUUGCUCCAAGUGAAGGGAAAUUGAGCAUGAGAGAGCGCGCGGAUAACAGUCAACGACAAGGAUGGGCUUCAAAUGCUUUUAUUGAUGCGCAAAGUAGGAAGAUGUUGAGUGUGCAUGAGAAUGCAAGAAUUAGCAUGCCCAGCGUGGGAGAAUCAGGUGUGAGAGUGCCCAUAGAUGAUCAUCAAAAGCAACCUAUUGUGGAAACGGAGCGGACACCAUGGCUUUUGGGACUGUGAACUAUUGGAAGUGGCUAUAGUUGUUAAUGAGAGGCUGCUUAUGUUCUACAAAUUAUGGAACUCAAGACCAUCAACAUGUUAUAUCUAUUUUGUUUAAAGUAAAUGACUGCUAGCAGUAGCUUAGUUUGCAGGGAUUAUACUGAUGAUGUGGGUAUUUAUGAUACUGGUAUUUCUCUAGUUUAUGCAAACAAUUUGCUGUUUUAUGGAGACUAGAUGAAGGAUGAUGGAAUUUUAUUUUGGCUGUUCUGAGAAGA